AUGAAUCUAGAAGGCAAUGGCUUACAUGUAGUAAAACUCUUAGGCGAGGGUACAUUUGGUAGAGUCUUCCUAGCCGAAACAGCAAACGAUCGCCAUCGGGUGUGUGUGAAACAAAUUGUAAUGCGAGACCCUUCCACUGAAUUGAAAAUGAUCCGCGAAGAAGUUUACAUAAUUUCCCAGCUCAAACAUCCUCGAAUAAUAAAAUUCCUCCAGUCUUUUGUCCAAGGAGAAGUUGUCAACAUUAUAAUGGAAUAUGCUCCAGGUGGAACCAUGCGAACAAUAAUUGACAAUCACAUCAAAAAACCCCUCACUCAUAACGAACUGCAGGCUUAUUUCUGUGAUAUGUUAAGUGGUCUGGAAUAUUUACAUAUUCGUCAUGUUAUCCAUAGAGACUUAAAGCCUGAGAAUCUUUUACUGGACAAGAAUAAUCGAAUUAAAAUUGCCGACUUUGGCAUUGCUCUCAUUCACUCUAGUCAUGCAAAGAAAAUGGACGCUUUGGGAACACCAUAUUACUUGGCCCCAGAAAUUUUAAGAGGCUAUCAGUGUGACUUUAAGGCAGAUGUUUGGUCUUUGGGGUGUAUUCUCUAUGAAAUGUGUUCAGGCUUAGGACCGUUUAGCUUUGCAGAUACCAUGAGAGAGCUAAGAGCAAUGGUGUUGCACAGCAAUUCAACGUUUUACCAUUGUAAAAAGUUGGAAGUGUACUACGGAAAGAUGUGGUCUACGCUUUGUGAAAGAAUGCUAACCUACGAUCGAAUGCAAAGGAUUUCACUUCCUGACAUUGUUAAAUUUCAUCCAUCGAUUACUUUGUAUUUUUAUAAUUUAUAUUUUGACUAUUCAUACUAACUAUAACUAAAUGACCAU